AUGGAGUCUGAUAAGAGCUGAGUAGACAAGUAUAAAGUCCUUAAAACUUUAGGCAGAGGUGCAACCUCUAAAGUUAAACUCGUCCAAAACACAGAAACUGGUGAGAUGCUGGCUUUAAAGGUUAUUCGACCUGAUAGGCUUUCCAGCAUGGAAACAGAGCUUGAUGUUCUUCAAAAUGUUUCUAAUCACCCCAACAUUAUCAAACUACUAGACUAUUCUAAAUCUGCUGUUUAUCACAAAAAGCAAGAGAGAACCAAAUUCGUUUCUUAUAUCGCUUUAGAAUUAGCUAAAAACGGAGAAAUCUUUGAUUUUGUGUUUAAAUUAGGUGCAUUUCCUGAACCUAUUUCUAGAUUUUAUUUCAAGUGUUUGCUUUCGGCUGUUGAAGCAUUACAUAGUGCAGGGGUGGUUCAUAGAGACCUUAAACCUGAAAAUAUUUUUUUGACUGAAAAUUUUGAGCUAAAACUUUCAGAUUUUGGAUAUGCUGGACCUACAAGUGGGAGAGAUGGAUCAGGGCAGCUUAAUACGUUCAAAGGCACGAGACCAUAUAUGGCUCCAGAAAUACUGGAAAGAAAGCCAUAUCGAGGAAUCUCAACUGACUUAUUUUCGUGUGGGAUUAUUUUAUUUAUUUUUAUGCUUGGGAGGCCUCCAUUUGCUAGGGCUGAAAGACAAAACCCUCACUUUGUCCACAUUUUCAUGAAAAACUGAGAAAGGUUCUGGAAAGUUCAUAAAAGUCCGCCUGGGACUCCUGAAAUUUCUGAAGAAUUUCAAAAUUUUAUUCAAAAAAUGUUGUGCUACGACCCAGAAGAAAGAAUGAGCUCAGAAGAAAUCAAAAAUCAUCAAUGGUUCCAAGGCCCAACAGCCACAUUAGAAGAAGCCAAAGCAUUUUUAACCCCCGCAGUCCAAAGUACAGAAUCUCCAGAAUUAUCAUCUGAAGGAGAAUCUUCAUUAGGAUAUAGAUCAAUUAGUGACCCAGAAACAAAUUUAUUGAGACAGACAAGUAGGAGAGUAGUAAAUAUUGACCAAAGUCUAUUAAAGACCACAAAAUUCUUUUCAAAUAUACACCCUGAUGACUUGUUCCAAGCGAUUAAAUACUUUUUUGAGCUGAAAAAUGGGAAUGUGAAAAUUGAUCCGAUUAAUUAUGAAAUGAAGGCUAGGUUUAUAUACAAUGAGCAAGCUAUAGAAGUUAAUGUGUUUAUGACGUUGCAAAAUGAAAAACUGCUUGUAGGUCUCUCAAAAAUCUCAGGGUAUCAUUGGGAUUACUAUGAUGUAUAUAGGGAACUGCUGCAAGAGGUAGCAAAGCUGUAA